AUGUCUAAGAAGACCCCCCAGUGUUCGGCAGCAGAUCAGUCGGAGCACGAUCAGCCUCACUGUCAAGUGGACCGGUCCUCAGACGCAGCUCCGGGCUGUAGGAACAAGACUGGAUCAGGUCAGAGGAACGAAGAGACGGCCUCAUCUUCCCCGGAGAGCGGCAGCACCAACGGAGAUGGGAAGCGCAGUGGCAAGAGCCGCCGCCGCAAGAAACGCUCCUCGAAUCCUGAGGGCAGCUCUGAGGAGAAGGCCAACAGCGAGACCAAGAGUCUGGAGAAGCCUCAGAAGAAGGCCAAGCAGCCGUCUGAGCCCCGAGCCGCUCUGAUCGGCCUGCAGUCCGAGUGUGGCAACGUGUGGUUUGAACGCAGCCUCUACGAGCGGGCCGAGAGCCUCUACCAGUGCUGGUUGGCUGGUUCCUCCAAUGGAACCACCCAGUCGAACCAGUCACCUCCGGCUCCGAGCAAACACCCAAACUCUCCACCAACCGCGGCUCCAUCUGUCUCUGGAGCGGUUUGCCCCCACGGGGAUCAGGUGGCCUGUCACCAGACGACCUUUGACCCAGCAGAGCACCGCCUCGCCCAAGAAUCUGCUCAGCCGUCCGCUCCAAACUCUCUGGACCUCCCGUCCCCGCCCGACCGCUCCACCGCACCCAGAACUCCUGACGAAGGAUAUCAAUCUCUGACGCCGACCCCUGCGACCCCUGCGACCCCUGUGACCCCUGUCCUCCAGCAGGCAGCCGUCACGCCAACCAGUCGACAGUCGAUUAACGGCCUGCCUCGCUUCCCGGUGGAGCUGCUUGGAGAGGUGUGGCUGGAGAAACCUCUGUACGACCGCGCUGAAGCCGCCUUCUACCAGAAUCUAUACGGCAACAAUUCCUCCAAGCGCUCCAGCUGCGCCUCCUCCUCCAGGAACAGCGAGCACCCUCAAAGCCUUGUGGAGGAGGAAGAGGAGGAGGAGGAAGCGGUGGAGGAGGAAGAGGAGGAGGAGGAGGAGGUAGUUGAGGAAAAACGUGUGGUCCAGCCGGGGAAAGCGGAAAUCUUUCAUGCCCUGCACCCGAUCCAAGAAGAGGAGGAGCCAGCCGAGGUCCCGGAGAAGGAAGAGGCGUCGGGGGUGGGAGGGGUCUGCCACUUCCUCCACCCAGACAGCGAGCGGGUGUGGCUGGACAAGUGGCGGUAUGACGCUGCCGAGAGCCGCUUCCAUGGCUUCAGUGGAGAUAAAGCCGUGGUGGUGGGGACGAAGGGUCGGAGGCCAGAAGCCGACGCCUCAUCAGCCUCCACGGCUCCACUGGGGGACAAGUAUGAGCAAACUGGGAGACGGAGCCGCUCCAGACGUCUCAGUUCAUCUUUCUUUGAUUUUUCUCUUCACGCCAUCGUGUGUUUCCCCCUUUUUUUGAUUUUUUUUUUUUUUGAAUGUUUGAUUUUUAAAGUUGUCACCAUGAACUUUCUGGCCCAGGAGAAGAUCUGGUUUGACAAACCUCGCUACGACGAGGCAGAGAGACGCUUCUAUGAAAACAUGAACGGCUCCUCACAACCAGCACAGGACGCGGGAGCGAACAGCAUUCUGCAGGACAUCGCACGAGCUCGGGAAAACAUCCAGAAGUCUCUCGCUGGACUGAAGACAGCACUGUGUCAGAGAGAGUCGGCUCAACCUUCCAUGAGCCAACAGCCAAAGUUUGUAAGUGCCAGCAGACCUGGUGUGGAAGCUUCUCCGCUGCCAAACACUUUGUCCCUGCUCCACCUUGAGUUCACUAGAGUUAGCACCACCAGCACCAGUACCACCAGUACCACCAGCAGCAGCGGUGCAGCAGCUGAUCAAGGAGAAGUCAUCUCUCGCGUCAACAGCCUGGAGCUGGAGAACCAGAGCCUACACAAAGUGGUCGACAACUUGCGGGCGGCACUUUCCAAACUGGAAUGUCGAGUUGCAGUUCUGGAGAAAUCUCCUGUGACCGCGGCUCCUGCUCCUUCAGUCCCUUACACAAACGGCACUUCUGUCCAGCAGAAGACCAGCACCCCAGUUGAAGAGGAAGAGGAGGAAGAGGAGGAGGAGGAUGAUGACGACAUCGACCUCUUCGGCAGUGAUGACGACGAAGAGGCAGAGAACCUGAAACAACAGAGAUUGAAAGAGUACGCGGAGAAGAAGUCCAAGAAGCCCACCCUCAUCGCCAAGUCCUGCAUCUUAUUGGAUGUCAAACCUUGGGACGAUGAGACGGACAUGGGGAAGCUGGAGGAGUGUGUGCGCUCGGUCCAGGCCGACGGUUUGUUAUGGGGCACGUCCAAGCUGGUUCCUGUGGGCUACGGCAUCAAGAAGCUGCAGAUCACGUGUGUGGUGGAGGACGACAAGGUGGGGACGGACUUGUUGGAGGAGGAGAUCACCAAGUUUGAAGACUUUAUCCAGAGCGUCGACGUCGCUGCUUUCAACAAGAUCUAAUCCCGCUCUGUCUUUUUGUUUUCGUCUUUUGUCACGCCUGGUUUCUCUGCUUUGUGUCAACGGUUAAUAAAAACAAUAAUUAAAACACAA